GAAGAGGCUAAAUCAAUCCUUCGAGCUAUGUGGUAUGGAUUUUAGCGAAUACGCAAAUCCAUGCACGGGAACAUGUAGUAUAACCAAUACAUGCUCCUCGUAGAGCUAAGAAUCAUCAAUACAUUUUCCAAGACCUCUGUUCGCUUUGUAUCAAGAUAAGAAUCUCAAGCUGAACAAUACCAGUACAUAUGUUGCCGUGCAUACCUACGGAGAUGAAACAAUAGCUCUAAUGAUCGACGCCAAGUUGAAAGGCAUCAUAAUGCACGACCACCUUCCACAACGAGCUUGCUCGUCCGAGAUCGGACCGUACAGCACCAAAGUCGCAAGUAACUAUAAGAAGCAGCUAUGGACUGUGAACAGAAUGAAGGCUAUAGCUUUGCUUGCACUUUCCUUGAACGCUGUGAGAGAAGAUGUUGCCGCUUCUUCCUGUCCUUGCCUUGGCGGCCUCCGUCUACGCUUCACCCAUCACCUCUCGAGAUGACAGACCGAAGAUCAUACCAGGCAGAUACCUAGUCCAGCUCCAGACCGGCGCCAAUGCUGCCACAGUUGCUUCCCAUCAUGCUAGUGCUCGUCGCCUAGCACGUCGUAACGACUUGCAUGAACCCAUCGAGCGAACUUUCAGCAUCGGCGGCUUGAACGCAUACCUGGGAGACUUCGACGAACAAGCCGCUGCCGACAUCCUGAGCCUCGACGAAGUCGUCUCCGUGGUCCCAGAUGAAUACAUCUACCUCGAGAAGACUGACUUCCCGCCUGUCCAGCCCCAGCGCCGCGCCCUCACCACCCAGUCGCCCAGCAUCUGGUCCCUGGGCGAUCUCUCGCACAAGGCCGCCGGCUCCACGCAAUACGUCUACGACUCCUCCGCCGGCGCGGGCAUGACCGCCUACGUCUUCGACACCGGCAUCCGCCUGACCCACCAAGAGUUCGAGGGCCGCGCCCGCUUCGGCAUCAACGGCGUCACAAACAGCACGGAUCCCAGCAACGCCAGCAAAGACACCGACGGCCACGGCACGCACUGCGCCGGCACCGUCGCCGGCAAGACGUACGGCGCGGCCAAGAAAGCCUCCCUCGUCGACGUCAAGGUCUUCGACGGCGCCUCGGGCUCCAUCUCCGCGACCCUGACCGGCAUCCAGUGGGCGGUCAACGACGUCGUGUCCCGCGGCGCGCAGCGCACAAGCGUCUUCAGCAUGUCUCUCGGGGCGGAGACGACUGCCACGCUGCUCGACGACGCCGUCAAGGCCGCGUAUGACGUGGGUAUCCUGUCUAUCGUUGCGGCGGGCAACGCCGACGCGCCUGUCGGCAACAACUCGCCGGCACGCCUCGCGCAGUCCUUUACCGUUGCCAUGUCGCGGCCCGACCGGGGUCGCGUGAGCCUCAUUGCAAAUGUGUUUGGCAGCAACUACGGGCCCGAGGUCGAUGUUUUCGCGCCUGGAAGCGACAUUGUGAGUGCGAGCCACUUGUCGGAUACGGGGACUUCGUCGAAGACGGGGACAAGCAUGGCGACGCCGCUUGUUGCUGGGCUGGUGUGCUACCUGCGCAAGCUGGAGGGAGGGCUGAACACCCCGACGCAAGUGACGAACAGGAUCCUGCAGCUUGGGCUGAAGGGCGUGGUGAGCGAUACUAAGGGCAGCCCGAAUGUGCUUGUCAACAAUGGAAGUGGAGCAUAAUUGGAAGAUAGAGGAUGACAGCGUUGGUUUUGCGUAGAGUAAUGUAGAAUCUAUCGAGUAAGCUGAGAGCUG